AUGGCUGAGCUGACUCAACCUGCACCUCCGGUUCCUGUCAGUGCAGACGGUGGUGAUCAGCAAGCAUACAAUACGGACGGUGGCUCAGCAGGAGCUUCUGCUGCACCUUCUACUGGAGGAUCUCCGCCCUCACCUCCGCCACCUCCUCCACCACCUCCUCCACCGUCAUCACCCGCUCCUGAGAGCUACCCAAGCUCUUCAACUCCUGCUCCAGUUUCAGAGGCAUCUAGCGCGGGAAGUGGAGACACUUCUGUUGGAGUGACUGGUGGAGACAAUAGCAUCGGAUACAGAAAUCGCAGACGUUUCCGUCACCGUGUUCGUCGCGUUCGUCUAUGA